AUGCGAGCACUUCUGUGGCCACUUUUCUUCUUCAAUACUUUUGCAUCCCCUUUGGAGCCCCUUCGAGAGCUUAUAGAAGAUGGCGCCCCAGUCAAUAGUUCUGGUCAAGCCUCCGGGCUCCUCGUCAAAAGGGACUGGCCAUUGCAAUACCCCGGUAUAGAAUUUGGCCAAAAAUGCACGGAUAAGCAAAAGGAAUACGUGAAAGUCCAGCUAGAUGAGAUACAGGUGAUGAUGGAAAAGUCAAUUUCACAACUCGACAUUUUACAGGAUUUUAUUGCAACUAGAAGACAGCCAAGAACUUGGGGGUCUCAGGAAGGCGUUCUCACCAGGCUUUACAAUACCUGGGUGAGCUACAUUGCGCAGAUCAAAUUUUCUUCCGGUACAUUGCCGAUAAGUGGUGGAGCAGAGCCAACUUCGUGGGAUGAUACAGCUAGAAAUGUCAAGAAGCUGAAAGAGAUUUACACAAAGAUCUACGAGGCCUUGCCGGAGGCAACCUUGGAUCUUGUGAUCCACUGCAGUGAUGACUUUUUUGCUUAUCAGGAUGAUAUGAGCACUGACCAAAGACGUGAGGUGCCUCCCCUUGAAUCGAAAUUUGAGAGUCCCACGGAGAGAACAGAUGAAGAUAUUGUGAUUGCGGCCAACGGGAGGUUAUGCCACGAAUCCAACGCAGUCAAUGCAUGGAGAUUCCAAAACAGGGUCACAUUGAAAGAUGAGAUCUGUAUCUGUCCGAACACAUUCCAAAGAGCAGGAACAAAGAACGAGCUGGCCCAUUUUGCCAACAAUCCAGCCCAAUUGAUUGACAAGACACUUAAUGACAUGUAUUUUUGGGCUGUCGCCGGUCCGCUUCUUCAUGAGUUGACCCACUCGGUGAGAGUUCUUGGGGAUGAUAGGACAGGGGACCAGAUGUACACGUACAGAUCAACUAGUCUCCAUGCCUACGGAGCGCAUAGGAUUGGCUCACUCGCUGUUGUCCAUCCCGAGCUUAGCUUACGAAAUGCCGAUACCGUUGCAUACUUUGCUUUAGCCAUGUAUUACUCCAUGUGCGAUUGGUCAAAGCUGGAGUGUGCUGGUCCCAAACAGCCACAGGAAUAUUGGCAAACGACCCCAGCAGGAAGGAAGUACUACUACUAUUUUGAUCUGCUGAUAUAA